GAGUCCCAGACUAAGCGCAUUAUUGUACAUACAGUGGACUCCACUCGACUUCUCUUGUAGUCUGCAUCUGCAAUCUACAUCUCUAGUUGCAAAGAUCUGGGGCCGCAAUGGCGACUCCUACACCGGAAGCCAUUGAAAACUUCAUGAGAAUCACCGGAUCUUCCCAGUUCGUCGCUAUUCGGAAGUUGGAGGAGUAUGGAGGCAAUCUUAAUGAAGCUGUCAAUGCUCAUUUCAUUGAAGGGGAUAAACACAUCAUGGGGCAAAAUCUUACUGCUGGUCCGCAGUAUAAUCACAUGGAUGUAAAUAAUCAAAACCAUGCCGGAUCAUGUGGACUUUUGCCUUUACUCUCUGCUGCGAGAAGGUUUCGACCUUCACUACUACUUGACUCAAAUUAUAGGAGAGAACUGAGGGACCUGUAUAACAGGAUUAGCGCUCCUCCCCAUAACGGUCAUGCACCAUAUGCUUCACACCCAGGAGAAGUGAGGGGAGUUCCUGUGGGGAUCAAUAGUACAUAUGAGCAAUCCCAUUAUUCAGGAUUGAGCUCUUCAAGUGUAGACGUGACGGGAAAUCCCUUAUCAUAUGGUCAAGGAAUUUAUGGGGCAAAUGAAUUUCAAAGCAAUUUGAACUUAACUCAGCCAAAUUUCUCACACAUACCAAAUAAUGCUACAGAGGAGGCAAUGAUUCAAGCUGCAAUCGAGGCUUCAAAGUUGGAGAUCAAAGAGAGUGCUUCAAGGAGGCAAUUGGGCACUCUUAAUGAUUUAGUAGAUGGUAGGCUUCCCCAAAGUAUCAUUCACCAAGAAGAUGAAGAUUUAGCUCGUGCAAUUUCAUUGUCCUUGAAGAUGGCAGAGCAAGAGCAAGCAAUGUAUGAACAUAUGGCAAAACUAGAAAAUGAAAGACUAGGAGGAGUACAUGAUAGGCCAACCAUGAGAGAGAAUGCCAACAUGAGUGGAUGGCAGCCAGGAACCUCAUCCAACAGAGGUGGAACCCAAAAUGUGGCACAGCCUGUGAUGGGUGCUCCAUUGAGCGGCACUGCUGGUAGUCAUCUUCAGGGCAAUGAAGAUGUACUUAUCACUGAAGAGUGGGGUAAUAUGUCAUCUGAAGAGCUUAAUGAAGCAGUUUUGCUUGAGACUGCAAUCUUUGGUGAUACGCCUGAUCACACUUCACAGAAUGUGUCACCUUUCCCUGAUCUGCAACGUUGUCCAGAAGGAAUUGUGGAUCCUAAUGUGCAGUUUUCCCCAACUGCAGCAUCACUGUCAUUAACAGCAACUCGGUUGCUAAGAGAACAACAGGAUGCUGAGUAUCAAGCAUCACUGCUGGCUGAUAAACAAAAGGAGUUGAAUGCUCUAAGACAAGUUGAAACUCAGCGCUUAAAGGGAGAAGAAUCAUGCAAGAAGCUUGAAAGGAAGGAGGAGAAAAUGUUUGGUAAGAAAGAAACUUUUCUUCCUGAGGAACCCCCCAUCGAUGAUGAGAAUGCAAUUACUAUUGUCAUUCGAAUGCCAGAUGGUAGUCGGCAUGGGCGUCGAUUUCUUAAGACUGACAAGCUUAAGCUUAUUUUUGAUUUCAUAGAAAUUGGCGCAGAACUGAAGCCUGGCACCUAUAGAAUUGUGAAGUCAUACCCCCGACAAUCUUUCAGUAUGGAUGAUGGCUCAUUUGCCUUGAGUAAAGUAGGCCUGACCAGCAGGCAUGAAGCAUUGUUUCUGGAAUUAAUUUAGAUUUACAUGUUCCUGUACCAAUCAAUCCACGUUCGUAGAUGACACCGAGGGUAUUAAUAUCAGCCUCGACAGGGACGAUGUUCAUGACCCACACUGGA